GGGGGGGGUCUUCAGAUUAUUAAACAGGUUCCUAACUAGGUCUCCCCACCCCCUAAAGGGAGGCCAGCAUGCAGCUGGAACCUUUUCCCUAGAGACCUAGUUAACAUUGGUUUGGGAUACAGCACUAUUUCUUCCCUAUGGGAAAGUGGAAAAACUUCUGUGUGGCAUGAAAAAUGUGGGGCUAGAAGAAGGAUGAGUAAACAACUUUUCUGUAAAUAAAGUGUCCCUUCCUUUCUCCAGUCUCUUAAAAAGAGCUUUUCUUGCAAUAUUUUUGGCCAGAAGUGGAAAUAUGAGAAGUUUUAUUAGGAAACUCUGGGGGAAAAAUUGCUCUUGAAACAUUCAGAUCCUAGUUUUGCCAACAGUGGAGACAGAUUAAUGUUCUGACAGUUGGAAGCUUAUCUUAUCUUCUCUUAACCUGAAUAAUUUUGUAAAAUUAAGUUUAACUGGCCCUAUUAUUUUUUGACAUUACUAUUUUUUUAAUGCUUAUCCCUCUGCUUGUUAGGUGCUUUUAAAAGAUUUUAUAAAGUUAAAGCAAGAGUACUACAAAAGUAAUUUAAAAGCUGACAUGUUUUUGCAGGACCAGGGUCUUGUGGAGGUGGGUAGUCUCAUUGAUUUCUAUGGUAUAUAGUGGGUAAAGUUAGUCAUGUGUUUUAGUCAUUGCAGGAUCUAGCACUACAUCUGUACUUUAAUGUGUUCCAGUUUUUCUGUGUGUGUUCAUUAACUCUAUUUUUGCUUGUGUGUGCAGGUGGACUGGAUAUCAUUGGGGAAAAAAGAGCUUGUAAAUUUCACUUGCUACUUCAUUGGAAUUUAGCAUAACAUUAGUGAUUACUUGUACCCUCCAAACCAGUCAAAUCUUUAUGCCUGGAACAUAUUUGUCAUUUAGACUUUUGUAUUAGUACCAUGCCUAGCAGAAUGGGAUCGAAAAUGAAUCUGAAGAGAGACUUCAUCAGAAUAAAAGCACAUUAUAAUGGGGACAUCCUAAUAACAAAUUUGGAUGCAUCAAUGAACUAUGGUGAACUUUGUGAUGAAGUGAGGGAGAUGUGCAGUUUACAACAGGAACAGCCAAUUACCCUCAAGUGGAUUGAUGAUGAAGUUUUCCCCAGCAUUCCAGAGAAACCAGGCAUGCCAUGUCCAGGAGAAGACACAAUGAUUAGGUUAUUCAGAGCACGUGAACCAAUCCCAUCCCCCAAUGAAGAAAGGAACUAUUGCGACCAUAGAGACAACUCUGAAGACAUAGCUUGGAUUGCACUGGAAUCAAUCUACCGACGUGGAGCAAGAAGAUGGAGGAAGCUCUACCGAGUGAAUGGGCAUCUGUUUCAAGCCAAACGCUUUAACAGAAGAGCAUAUUGUGGCCAGUGCAGUGAAAGGAUAUGGGGUCUCGGAAGGCAAGGCUACAAGUGUAUCAACUGCAAAUUGCUGGUCCAUAAACGCUGUCACAUACUUGUUCCACUGACCUGCAAAAGGCAUAUGGAUUCGGUCAUGCCUUCCCAGGAACCUCAAUUAGAUGAUAAAAAUGAUGAAGUUGACCUCCCCUCAGAAGAAACUGAUGGAAUCCCUUACAUUCCUUCAACCCGGAAACAUGACAACAUUAAAGAUGACUCUGAGGAUAUCAAGCCGGUUAUUGAUGGAAUGGAUGGAAUUAAGAUUUCUCAGGGGCUUGGACUACAGGACUUUGACUUAAUCAGAGUUAUUGGACGUGGAAGUUAUGCCAAAGUUCUUUUAGUACGGUUAAAAAAGAAUGAUCAAAUUUAUGCCAUGAAAGUAGUGAAAAAAGAAUUGGUCCAUGAUGAUGAGGAUAUUGAUUGGGUACAGACAGAGAAACAUGUGUUUGAACAGGCAUCCAGUAAUCCAUUCCUAGUUGGUUUACAUUCGUGCUUUCAAACAACAAGUCGAUUGUUUCUUGUCAUAGAGUAUGUAAAUGGGGGAGAUCUCAUGUUUCAUAUGCAACGGCAAAGAAAACUUCCUGAAGAACAUGCAAGAUUUUAUGCUGCUGAAAUUUGUAUUGCUCUGAACUUCCUACACGAGAGAGGAAUAAUCUACAGAGAUUUAAAACUAGACAAUGUUCUGCUAGACGCAGAGGGUCAUAUCAAGUUAACAGAUUACGGCAUGUGCAAGGAAGGAUUGGGCCCUGGUGACACUACAAGCACUUUCUGUGGAACGCCAAAUUACAUUGCACCAGAGAUCCUAAGAGGAGAAGAAUAUGGGUUCAGUGUGGACUGGUGGGCUCUUGGUGUCCUGAUGUUUGAAAUGAUGGCAGGAAGAUCUCCAUUUGAUAUAAUAACUGACAAUCCAGACAUGAACACUGAAGAUUACCUCUUCCAAGUUAUCCUUGAAAAGCCAAUCCGGAUUCCAAGAUUUCUCUCUGUCAAGGCCUCUCAUGUCUUAAAAGGAUUUUUAAACAAGGAUCCCAAAGAAAGGCUUGGCUGCCAGCUAGAGACAGGAUUUUCUGAUAUCAAGUCUCAUACAUUUUUUCGCAGCAUAGACUGGGAUCUGCUGGAAAAGAAGCAGGCGACCCCUCCAUUUCAGCCUCAGAUCACAGACGAUUAUGGUUUGGAUAACUUUGAUACACAGUUCACCAGCGAACCUGUGCAGCUAACCCCAGAUGAUGAAGAUGUAAUAAAAAGAAUAGAUCAGUCGGAAUUUGAAGGAUUUGAAUACAUUAACCCAUUGUUGCUGUCAACAGAGGAAACAGUAUGAAGGAAUGACAUCUCCAUUGUGGACAAAUAAUGUGAAUGAACUUUAAAUUUAUCCUUAACUACAGUAUAUGCAUGCAAGGCUGGGGAACUGUAAGGUUUUGGAUGGAGACCAAUGAAAAAAAAUAUUGCUGCUGAAAAUCAAAGAUGAGAAUAUGAUUUUGGUGGGUGUCUUCCUCUAAAUAUUGGUUUUUAAAAGUUUUGGGCACUGACACAACUGGCUUCGUUAAUGAAGGAAUUUGCAUUUGUGCCUGUCUCGUGAAGGAUCAAAGUGUUCAUUGCAUCCUCGGGAAAAGAGAGAUUCCGAACAACUUUGAAAGCUACAUACUUUCCACAAACACUUGAUGCACUGAGCUAUUAAUUGAAGAAUAUUAGAGUGUAACAUCCUGAAGAAUAAAACGUUAGUGGUGUUGAAGCUUAUUUUUUAUGCCUUUUUCACAAGUGGUACCUGUCUAAACGUCUCAGAUACGAUAUGUAAAAGGAGUUGUGUUUUAUUAGCAAUCAAAACAUAAAUUUGGGUACAGGUUUUAAGUGCCUAAAUGGAUGAACUGCAUUGAAGACUUAUUACAUAUUUUCAACAUUCUUAACCCUGGUAAGUUAGGCUUGUUAACAUUCAACAAGGAACAUAUAAAUAAAAGCUGCAACCUAAUACUGAGGUACAUCUUUAUAGAGUAGAGUGAGCAAUACCAAUUCCAAAUUAGAACUCCCUGUAUCAAAUCAAAAAUCUGGAUUGUUUAAACCUCAAAAUUUUAGUUUAAAAAAAAAAAAAA